UAGUUUAAAACCAAACGCUCUGAAAAAUAUUUUUCAAUCAUAACUAGUCGAGGACAAGUGAGCCUUAGUUGCCGGCCACAGGAUCGCAAGGAGAAACAAAUAUUUUUGUUUCCUUCAAAGUUAUCAACAGUCAACGGAAGAAGAUGCGUGCUUUUAUCUGCGUUUGUGUAUUCGUUCUGACGGUCGCUCUUGUCAACAGCCAGGGUGCGUCCAUGUUCGGGCAGGGUAUGGGAAGUCAGAGCGGAAGUGGAGGCGCUGAAUCCAACUUAGCACAAUAUAUGGGACGCGGCGGAGCGGGAAAUUCCGGUAUGAGCCUUUUCGGAGGAGGAGGAAGCGGCGGCGGCGGCGGCAUGGGCGGUGGUCUUGGACAGAUGGCGCUCUUCGGCGGAGUGGAGAUGUCGAACCUUAUGGAAUUCAACAUGUGCCAACAAAUAUACAGGUCGCCUUUUUUCUGUAUGCGAUAUUUACACUGAAAAAUGACAUUAUACCUGUGACGUUUGGAAAAAGCACGUGACUCAUUGUGAUAUCAUUGAUGACGUAGGCGGUGACUAAGGGGCACUUGUCCGAUGUGGUUCUCAUAAUUGCUCAUUGUUUUCAUUAUUGAUUUUGCAGUGUAUUAAAAAUGAUAUUUACUACGGAUCAGCAACGAAUAUUGUUAAAUUUCAAUCAUUUAAGAAAUUUUACAAGAAAUAAAUAAGAAAUGUGUUGACAUUAAAAAAAAGAUUAACAAAUCAAAUUACAUUUAAAAAUAUUGUUUUAUUUCGUUAUUUGAAGAAACUUUACAAGAAAUUACUAAAAAUGAAUAAAAAAUGAUUUUCAAUAAAAAGUUUAAAGAGUU